UUGGGACGCUCGGGGCCCUGCCGUGGUGCCUGGAGCCGGGCCCGGCCGGUGGCGCUCGUUUGGUGGGAACGCGACGCGUCGUUUCCUGGAUGGAUCCGAUGCGAGAGGGACCCGUGCUCCCCGGUGUCCCGUGCUGGGCUCCAGCCGCAGGUUCGCCAGCAGCACUGUGCCCAGCUGCAGGGCGCUGCGUGCGAGCUGCGGCAUCGCGGCUGCCAAAUGCAGGGAUCCAGGUGCGUCACAACCAGGACGUGGCCUUCAUGCACCACAAGUUUGCCAUCGUGGACAAGAAGGUGCUCAUCACGGGCUCCCUCAACUGGACCAUGGAAGCCAUCCAUAACAACCAGGAGAACGUGGUGAUCAUGGAGGAUGCGGAGUAUGUGCGGCCGUUUCUGGAUGAGUUUGAAAGGAUUUGGGAGGAGUGCAACCCUGGCAACUACACUUUUUUUCCUAAAGAAAAUGAUUAAGCGGCUUCCCUGAGCUGGAGGGGCGUGGAACAGAUGGCAUUCAGGGGGUUUAUGACUAUCUAUAGCCAUCGAUGUAUUACCCAUCUGGUUGUAAUUUCGUUAAGUUCCUCCUGAGCUGAAGAGCUCUCUACCCUAAAUUGCCACAGGUGCCUCGUGUGCUAAACGGGCAGUAAUGACCCAGCUGAUGGGCUCUGUGAGGACACAAGCAAUGGGAUGCUGUGGGCAGGCUGGUUGCUGUGCCCUGCAGUGGGUGAGGUGAUGUUUGCACUGCGCUCAGGACUUGUGCAGGGAGAACCACUUGUGUUCUCCAGCUCGUGGUGCUGCGGGAUGGAGCUGUACCCUGAAGGGAGGGUUGUGAGGGCCGCAGCAAAACUGGCCCAGCAAAACUGGUGUAGGUGGAGUUGUCACUGUGGUUGUUCUUUUGUUUGCAUGAAUUAUUGACAGUUUGUGAAAGGAAAUCUGGGAAAUAGGAAGUUUUGGUUUGUGUAUGAGUUUCCUCUGGUUUGAGGUUAGUAGAGUUCCAGUGUAAAUGUGUGAGAGCAGAUAGCAGUGCCAGCUCAUUUCCUGCAAUGCAAUGCAGGGAGUCCCCAGAAAGAACUGAAGCUGUUUUGUGGGCACAGUUGGCCUCGUUUGAGGAGCAACUGCAGCUGCAGUGUAACUUGCAGCUUUGCCUGCAACUUUAUUUUUAGUGCAGCUGUGUUUGCUGAUCUAGUUAGAGCUUGAACUGCUCCCUACCAAUGCUGCACCUAGCAGUGUUAACAUGCCACUUUCUCAGACAAACUCCACAUCACCUGGAGUGUUUUGCACUGGUGGGUUGGUUGGUUCCAAGAUCCAAAUCACCAGAAGUUCCUGGAGAUCCACAGGGUGUUGUUUAGAUGUGGGGGUAACAUCACCAGAUUGAGGGUUUGUUCUGUUGUGUUGGAGAAAGUUGGCGUGGGUGUGGGGAGACAAAACCAUGCAUUAUAUCUGUGACAUAGCAGCAGGGGGAGGAGCUGAGUUUAUUCUGUAGUAAGUCUGGUUCAGCAGGUUUAAAUAUAUGUUCCUUUAAAUAUUUUAUUGUUAAAAUUAUACUUGUUGUGUUUUCUGUGUGAAACGUAACUAUAAAAGCAGACAGUUCACCCUG